CAACCAAGAAAACAUCCCAAGAGUUGUAAACCAGGAGAAACUUCUCUUUUCUUCCCACGAGACACUUAUUUGCAUUCCAAAAGGACUUUAAUUUUUGGAAGUGAAUAAAACUUGUUUUGGAAGUACAAGAUGACUACAGCUGUAGAAAGAAAGUAUAUUAAUAUUAGGAAAAGACUGGAUCAGCUGGGAUACCGCCAGACUCUGACAGUGGAGUGUUUACCUUUGGUAGAAAAACUUUUCAGCGACUUAGUUCAUACAACAGAGAGCCUUCGGCAAUCAAAAUUAUCUGCUGUGAAAGCUGAAAAAGAAAGUGCCAAUUUUGAUUUUGUUUUGGAACCCUAUAAACUUGAAAAUGCAAGAUUGAGUAGAGAAAAUAAUGAAUUAUACCUAGAGUUAAUGAAACUGAGAGAACAUUCGGACCAACACGUUAAAGAGUUGAAAACUUCAUUGAAGAAGUGUGCACGUGAAACAGAUGAUCUGAAAUUUCUAAAUAACCAAUAUGUUCAUAAACUCAAACUGUUGGAGAAAGAGAGCAAAGCUAAGAAUGAAAGAAUUCAACAACUUCAAGAAAAGAAUUUGCAUGCUGUAGUACAAACUCCAGGUGGCAAGAAAAGAAGUAUUGCUUUCAGGCGCCAGCGUAUGCAAAUUGAUGAACCGGUUCCUCCCUCUGAAGUCAGUUCAUAUCCGGUUCCUCAACCAGAUGACCCUUACAUUGCAGACCUCCUACAAGUGGCUGAUAACAGGAUUCAAGAACUUCAACAGGAAGUCCACCAGCUACAAGAAAAGUUAGCAGUGAUGGAAAGUGGGGUGAGCGAUUAUAGCAAGCAGAUUGAGCUAAGAGAACGAGAGAUAGAACGACUGUCAGUUGCUUUGGAUGGUGGUAGGUCCCCUGAUGUCCUCUCUCUGGAGUCUAGAAAUAAAACCAAUGAAAAGCUUAUUGCUCAUUUAAAUAUUCAGGUUGACUUUCUUCAGCAAGCUAAUAAAGACCUGGAGAAGCGUAUACGAGAGCUUAUGGAAACCAAGGAAACGGUGACAUCUGAGGUUGUUAAUUUAAGUAACAAAAAUGAAAAACUCUGCCAAGAAUUAACUGAAAUAGAUCAGUUAGCACAGCGGUUGGAAAGACAUAAAGAAGAAGUGCUUGAGACUGCUGAUAAAGAACUUGGGGAAGCAAAGAAAGAGAUUAAAAGAAAGCUGUCUGAAAUGCAGGAUCUUGAAGAAACAAUGGCAAAACUUCAACUGGAAUUGAACUUAUGCCAUAAAGAAAAGGAGAGACUGAGUGAUGAACUCCUUGUAAAAUCAGACCUUGAAACUGUUGUUCAUCAGCUUGAACAAGAAAAGCAAAGACUUAGCAAAAAAGUUGAAAGUUUUGUAGUUACAGAAAGAGAACUUACUCUGGAAGUUGAGAGGAUGAGACUAGAACAUGGAAUAAAACGUCGAGACAGGUCACCUUCUCGUUUAGAUACAUUUCUGAAAGGUAUAGAAGAAGAACGAGAUUAUUAUAAGAAAGAGCUAGAGAGACUCCAACAUAUAAUACAGCGAAGAUCUUGCUCUACAAAUUAUGGUGCACGUGAAAAAAAUUCAAUAUUUAGAACACCAGAAAAGGGUGAUUACAAUUCAGAAAUUCAUCAGAUCACAAGAGAAAGAGAUGAACUUCAGCGUAUGCUGGAAAGAUUUGAAAAAUAUAUGGAGGAUAUACAGUCAAAUGUUAAAUUACUGACAGCAGAAAGAGAUAAACUAAGUGUCUUAUAUAAUGAAGCUCAAGAAGAAUUAUCUGCCCUAAGAAAGGAAUCCACCCAAACCACAGCACCCCAUAAUAUUGUUAGUCUUAUGGAAAAGGAAAAAGAACUUGCGUUAUCUGACUUAAGAAGAAUUAUGGCAGAAAAGGAAGCUUUAAGAGAAAAAUUAGAGCAUAUUGAAGAAAUGAGUCUUUUUGGAAAAUCAGAAUUAGAGAAAACUAUUGAACAUUUGACAUGUGUUAAUCAUCAGCUUGAAAGCGAAAAAUAUGAAUUAAAGUCUAAAGUGUUAAUAAUGAAAGAAACAAUAGAGUCGUUAGAGAACAAGUUAAAAGUCCAAGCUCAAAAAUUUAGCCAUGUGGCUGGUGACUCAUCUCAUCAGAAAACAGAGGUGAACUCACUUAGGAUAGUAAUUGAGCAGCUACAGCGGUCAGUUGAUGACUAUCAGCACCGACUUUCCAUUAAAAGAGGUGAACUUGAAUCAGCCCAAGCACAAAUUAAAAUACUGGAGGAAAAAAUAGAUGAAUUAAACCUUAAGAUGACUUCACAGGAUGAGGAGGCUCAUGUAAUGAAAAAGACCAUUGGUGUUAUUGAUAAAGAAAAAGACUUUCUCCAGGAGACUGUAGAUGAGAAGACAGAAAAGAUUGCAAAUUUGCAAGAAAACCUAGCUAAUAAAGAGAAAACUGUUGCUCAAAUGAAGCUAAUGAUCUCAGAGUGUGAAUCAGCUGUGAACCAGCUAAAAGAAACAUUAGUUAAUCGAGAUCGUGAGAUAAACAGCCUCCGGCGCCAGCUUGAUGCAGCUCACAAAGAACUCGAUGAAGUAGGAAGAUCUAGAGAAAUUGCUUUUAAGGAAAACAGAAGAUUGCAAGAUGACCUGGCUACAAUAGCAAGAGAAAACCAAGAAAUCUCAUUGGAAUUGGAAGCAGCAGUGCAAGAAAAAGAAGAAAUGAAGAGCAGAGUUCAUAAAUACAUAACAGAGGUGUCACGAUGGGAGAGCUUAAUGGCUGCCAAGGAAAAAGAAAAUCAAGAUUUGUUAGAUAGAUUUCAGAUGCUUCAUAACCGUGCUGAAGACUGGGAGGUCAAAGCCCAUCAAGCGGAGGGAGAAAGCAGCUCAGUUCGACUGGAACUUCUUUCUAUUGACACUGAGAGGAGACAUCUUCGAGAAAGAGUGGAGCUAUUAGAAAAAGAAAUUCAAGAGCACAUAAAUGCCCAUCAUGCUUAUGAAUCUCAGAUCUCAUCCAUGGCAAAAGCCAUGUCUCGAUUAGAAGAAGAGCUGAGACAUCAAGAAGAUGAGAAAGCAACAGUAUUAAAUGACUUGUCAUCUCUUAGAGAACUUUGCAUUAAACUUGAUUCAGGCAAAGAUAUUAUGACCCAGCAACUGAAUUCCAAAAGCCUUGAGUUUGAGAGGGUUGUAGUGGAAUUAGAAAAUGUAAAGUCAGAGUCAGACCUAUUGAAAAAACAACUGUCAAAUGAGAGACAUACAGUUAAAAACCUCGAAUCAUUGCUGGCUACAAACAGAGAUAAAGAAUUUCAUUCUCACUUAACCUCCCAUGAGAAGGAUACAGAAAUCCAGCUACUUAAGGAGAAGUUAACUCUUUCUGAAAGCAAAUUAACUAGUCAAAGCCGGGAAAACACCAUGCUUCGAGCUAAAGUGGCACAGUUACAAACAGAUUAUGAUGCCCUGAAAAGGCAGAUCUCAACUGAAAGAUAUGAACGAGAACGAGCAAUCCAAGAGAUGCGUCGACAUGGUCUUCCUACACCACCCCUUAGUUCCACUCUGAGGUCUCCUUCACAUUCUCCUGAACAUAUAAAUGCGUAAUUAUCAGAAAGAAUAAUGGUUUUCAAUGAGUUCCUAUGUGGAUUUUUAGAAGAACAGAACAGUAAUGAAAUAUUUGAAGUACUUGUUGCUGAAAAUCAUGAACAUGGACACAAAUUCUACCUCUGUCAACUUUUAUUUAAAUCAGUGAAUAUGUUAAAAAGUUUGGUUUAAAAGAACUAUAUCUGUAUGUAUAUUUUCAUAUAUAUGACAGAACAUGUAUUAAUAGUGCCUAAUGUUAUAUCUAUGUUUUUUUAUUCAUGAAUUAAAUUACUAAAAGUAUGCUUAUACUGUGAAUUAAUAUAAUGUAUUCACAUUAUUCUUUAAUAAUCUGUUUCUUAAUAACCCAUGAUAUAUGUAUGUAAAUAUUCUUACAGUACUUGUUUUUAGUUUUCAUGCCUAUGUUUAGCCCAUAUCUUAGUGUAUUCACAAAGAAUGAUCAACUUUGAUGCUAUGCUGUCAUGCUUAACUUUUUCUUAAAAUUAUUUCAUAGAUAUACUGUCUGUUGUCAAGGGGAAUAUAUUCAGGUCUGGUCUUCUUAUGAUAGCAGAGAUCUUGGUAAAAUAAUGAUUACCAUAUAUAAUGUGUUAUUGCCAUCUAGAAGAACUAUGAUGAGAAAGAAACAUUUAUAUAUUAUGUAAAAUAUUAUUUUAACUAUCAUCACAUGGACUCUCUGUGUAACACAGAUUCUAUCAAAAGCAAACUAAAAGCUAUAUGCAGAAUUUUGUAUAAAACAAUAGAACGGAAAUUUGGGGCAUUUUUCUAGGAAAUAAAAUUCCUCAGUGUAUUAAUCUAAGGUUUCAAAGUAUAAAAGUAUAUGGGUAGGCCGGGUGCGGUGGCUCACACCUGUAAUCCCAGCACUUUGGGAGGCCAAGGCGGGUAGAUUACCUGAGGUCAGGAGUUUGAGACCAGCCUGGGCAACAUGGUGAAACUCGUCUCUACUAAAAAUACAAAAAUUAGCCAGGCUUUAUGGCGGGCACCUGUAAUCCCAGCUUCUUGGGAGACUGAGGCAGGAGAAUUGCUUGAACCCGGGAGGUGGAGGUUGCAGUGAGCCAAGAUUGCACCAUUGCACUCCAGCCUGGGUGACAGAGUAAGACUCUGUC